AUGAAUUCUUCUUCUUCUUCUCUUCCUUCUCCUGCUCCCCUUCAAGAAAAGUACGAUGUGUUUCUUAGUUUCAGAGGUGAAGACACGCGCGAUAAUUUUACCAGCCAUCUUCAUGCGGCUUUACGUCGGAAGAACAUUGAGACCUACAUAGAUAACAGACUUGAGAAAGGAGACGACAUUGGACCUACCCUUCUAGAAGCAAUCGAGAAAUCGAAAAUUGCACUAGUCAUUUUCUCAAAAGACUAUGCUUCUUCCACAUGGUGUUUGAAAGAACUUGUGCAUAUACUUGGAUGCAAGAAAAGCUAUGGACAGAUUGGAACUUAUGCACUUGAAGAUCGUCCACUUAAGCGCAGUAGGGAUGAGGUGGCCAACUGGAGGGCUGCUUUGGAGGAAGCAGCCAAUAUGUCUGGGUUUCAUUAUUCCAGCAAAACAGGGACAGAGGCCGAUUUUGUUGAGAAAGUUGUUCAACAUGUUUUGACCAAAUUGAAUCACGAUUCCUCAAGUGAUUUAAAGGGUCUGGUUGGAAUUGAAAAGAAAAUUGAGGAAAUUGAGUCGUUAUUAUGCUUUGAUUCACCAGGUUUUUGCUGUAUAGGUAUUUGGGGCAUGGGUGGUAUUGGCAAGACCACCCUUGCUGAUGCUGUAUUUCACAGGCACUCCUCUAAAUUUGAAGCUGCUUGUUUUCUUGCAAAUGUUAGGGAGAACUCAGAACAAACGAAUGGACUAAAUGACUUGCGAACUACACUUGUUCGUGAAUUAUUGAAGGAUAAAGAUGUAAAUAUCAAAACUCCGUCUAUACCACGUCAUAUUCAAGAUAGGCUCAGGCGUACAAAGGCGCUCAUUGUUCUUGAUGAUGUGAAUGCUCGAAAACAACUAGAAGAUCUUGUUGGUGAUGAUGAUCGGUUUUGCCAAGGAAGUCGAAUCAUUAUAACUGCUAGAGAUAAAGGCCUACUUGAGCAAAAAGUUGACCAUGAAAAGAUAUAUAAUGUUGAGGGAUUAGGUUCUGAUGAAGCUCUUGAGCUCUUUCAUUCGCAUGCUUUUGGAAAUAAGUCUCCGACAACAGAUCAUCCUGAGUUGUCAAGAAAGGUGGUGGAUUAUAUUAAGGGCAUUCCAUUAGCUCUUAAAGUUAUGGGGUCCUCAUUCCGUCGUUGCAAGAGCAAACAAGAGUGGGAAGUUCAAUGGAAAAAAGUGAAACGAGUUCCAAUCGGAGAAAUCCAAAAAGUGUUGAGAGUAAGUUAUGAUGGAUUAGAUGACAAUGAGAAGGAGAUAUUUCUUGAUAUAGCAUGUUUUCAUAAAGGCUGUAAGAGGAAUUACGUAGAAAGAAUGUUAGAUAGUUGUGAUUUCUUUGGGGAAGCGGUAAUCAAUGACCUUAUUGAUAGGUCUCUCAUAUCAAUUUCAUAUUCCAAGAAAUGCGUAAAUGAGCAGUUAGAAGCACGGAUAGAGAUGCAUGAUUUGGUGCAAGAAAUGGGUUGGGCAAUUGCUCGAAAACAAGGCAACAGGUUGUUCAUUGCAGAGGAUGUCUAUCAAGUAUUGACAAAUAACCAGAGAGAUGGAGAUGUUCAAGCCGUAUACCUUGACUGGUCUGAGAUUAAAAGGCUACACUUGGAGUUGGAACAUGUAAACUUCGAAAAGAUGUAUCAACUGAGAUCGCUACGUGCAUAUGCCCGUAAUUAUCAUCCAUUAACUUUUUCUCUUGAUCUGCCGAAUUCUCUUAGAUAUCUUGACUGGAGUGCAUAUCCUUUGAAAUCUUUGCCAUCAAAAUUUUCCGCUCAAAAUCUUGUUGGCCUUAGUUUGUGGCACAGCCGAAUUGUGGGGCGAUUAUGGAAUGAAGAUCAGAGUCUUGUGAGCUUAAAAUGGAUCAGUCUUGAUAACUGCAGACAUCUAACUGAAGUUCCAAAUCUCUCUCGGAGUCGAAAAAUUGAGCAUAUAAAUCUCUCUGCAUGUACAAGUUUAGUUGAAAUUCCUUCGUAUUUCAACAUCUUGGCAAGCUUAGUUAUCUUCACCUUGGGAGGUGCAUAA